UCGCCCGGCCGGAACGUGACGCCCCGCGCGCCGCGCCGCGCAGCUGCCGAGCCGGCAGAGCCCGCUAGAGCCGCGUCCUCCACUCGUCGCGAAGAACAUCGUCGGCGUCUCCCCCGCCCAGCUGCGAGUGGCCUGCUGUUGUUGGCGCCCCCUAGAGGCGGGGCGAUGGAUCGCAGAGAGCGACGCCGCAGCUUCGGGACCACGCCCUAGGGCAAGGCCGCGAGGGCAAGGCCUAGGAUGGACGGCGUGCGCGCGCUGGACGUGCUGCCGCUGCUCCAGGAGCGCCUGGCGGUGCUGCCCGGCGGCCGCGACCUGCGCGGCGGCCCCGUGAUCUGCUUCCCGGCCUCCGCCAAGCGGGAGCGCGCCAAGCCCGAGGACUACCGCCGCCUGAUCCAGUACCUGCUGCAGAUACCCGGCAGUGAGUCGCGGGAACAUGGGUUCACGGCUGUGCUGGACAUGCGGGGACAGGGGGCGACAUGGGCGGCCAUCAAGCCCAUCCUCAAGGUGCUGCAGGAGCACUUCGCCUCGCAGGUCCACACGGCGUGCAUCAUCAAGCCCGACAACUUCUGGCAGAAGCAGCGAACGUCUCUGGGCAGCCAGAAGUAUAAGUUCGAGACCAAUAUGAUGAGUGUGGAAGCAUUACCAAAGAUAAUAGAUACAACACAGCUGACAUCUGAUUUAGAUGGCACAUUGCAUUAUGACCAUGCGCAGUGGAUAGAUAUGAGACUGGCAUUAGAGGAUUUUGUGUGGCAAGCAGCAGAUUUAUUGGACCGCCUCGAUGACCUUCAAGAAGAUCUUAGUCGCAAUGAUUUUGCGGAUGAUGUUAAUGGUGCUAAGCAUGGUAUUGACGUUCAUAAUGAUAUGAAGAAGAAAAUUAUGAAGGCGCCGGUUGAAGAUAUAGAUCUAUUAGGGCAAAGAUUAUUGCAAAGGCUUUCUGGUGAUUCAAACAGCGGCUAUGACUCUGGUUACUCAGGAAGGGACAGUGAAGCAAGUUCUGGGGUCUCCAAUCCUGAUUUACAGGCAUCUGUACCUCAGAUACUUCAACAUUUAGAGGCCAUACACUCUCAACAACAACAACUUUUACAGCUAUGGCACCAUAAAAAACUAAAACUUGAUCAAUGUUUCCAAUUGCGUCUAUUUGAGCAGGAUUGUGAUAAGAUGCUUGACUGGAUAUGCCGCAACCGAGAUGUUUUUCUAAUGAAUUAUGUGGAAAUUGGUCGAAGUUACAAAUUAGCCAAGAAACUGCAGGAAGAACAUAGUCAUUUUACAAUGAGCUCAAUGAAUGUGUAUGUGAACAUCAAUCACAUUUUGACUGUAGCAACUAGACUAAUAGAAAGCAAUCAUUAUGCAUCACAGCAUGUACGGGCUGUUGCAGCAAGGUUAGAUCGAACUUGGAAAGAGUUUGCUGCUGGUCUUGAUGAAAGAGCCUCUGUGCUGGGUCUUUCUGUGCUAUUUCAUCACAAAGCAGAGCAGUAUGUGGAAAAUGUCCCCAACUGGAGCCAAGCGUGUGAAAAUAUCAGUAUUCCCUCAGAAAUACUGAUUCUUGAAACUGCCAUCCACCAACACCAAAAUCUUUAUGAAUCAAUGUGCCAAGCUUAUACAGAGGCUGGCUUGUUGGUCCAGAAUCGGAUUUUUGCACAGGUCCACAGCACAAGCAAAAAGUUGUUGUAUCAGCUGGAUCGCCUUGUAAAGAUCUGUAAUCAACCAGGAAUGGAUCCUCCUCGCAAACAUAAAACAAGAAGAAAAUCGUCUGGACAAGGGCCUCAGGGAAGCACUGGUGAUGGUCCACACUUUGAGCAAGCCGCCAGUCGGCAGGCCAAUCCUGCAGCGGAUUACUCUGAGGGUGCCAGUCAUGUCCUGGACGUGAUUCAUAGGAUUCUGAAUCACCACCGCACACUGGAGCAGAAGUGGCAUGUCAAGAAAAUCAAACUGCACCAAAGGCUUGCCCUGAGACUUUUCCAGGAGGACGUGAAACAGGUCUUGGACUGGCUGGCCAACCACGGGGAGGUGUUCCUGAGGAAAAACAUUGGCAUCGGACGCAAUCUGCAGAAGGCGCGCGUGUACCAGAAGAGUCACGAGCACUUCCAGAACGUGGCCCAGAACACCUACACCAACGCGGAGAAGCUGCUGACGGCCGCCGAGGAGCUGGCCCGGACGGGCGAGUGCGACGUGAACGAGAUCUACGCCGUCGCCCGCGAGCUGGAGAGCCACGUCACGUCGUUCGCGGCCCGCGUCGACCAGCGGCGGCGGCGCCUCGACCUGGCCGCCAAGUUCUACUCGCACCGCGACGAGCUGGCCACGUGGGUGGAUGAGCUUCGCCAGGAGGUGCAGAAUGAGGAGGCCGUCGACUGUGCGGAGGGCGCGCAGCGAGCCCUCGAGGAGUGCCAGCGCCAGCGAGACCACUCCCUGCACGAGUGCACCGCGGCGAUAGCGCACGGACAGGCCCUGCUGCAGGAGCUCAGGAGUGUGGGCUUGCACAAUGCUGUCAUGGACACCACUGGCUCGGUAGGGGCGGUGGAGACGUCCCUAGACCGCCUCAACAAGCAGCGCGAGGAGCUGGACCAGCUGUGGUCGACACGCAAGCUCAAGCUGGACCUCUGCCUGAGGCUCAGGCUGUUCGAGAGGGACGCCCUCGAGGUGUCGUCCCAGCUCGAAAUCUGGGCAGAGGAGCUGCAACACACGGAGCUCAGCCAUGAAGUGCCAGCGGCAGAGCAGCAUCUCCAGUUGCAUAAUGACAGUGUUACACACAUACACAAUACCGUGUUCCAAGUCAUGCAACAGGGACAGGAAUUAGCGCAAGCUGUGGAAUCCUCUGGCCUCACAUUAAUGGCAGACAGUCAAUAUAGUGCCUCAACUCGCAUUCAGGUUUUGCUUGAGUUUCUCCAUGAGCGGGAAAUGGAUGUUGAGGAAUUGGCUGAACUGAAGAGAGUGAAAUUAGAACAGUGUGUUCAACUUUGUCAGUUUAACAACGAUUCAAACCAAGUGAUUAGCUGGAUACGUAAUGGUGAAUCAAUGCUAAUGGCAAGCUUUAGUAUACCUACUAGCCUUCAGGAUGCGGAGCAGCUGAAGAAGGAGCAUGAACAGUUCCAAGUAGCUAUUGAAAAGACUCAUACAUCAGCUAUUCAAGUGAAACAGAGGGCAGAACAGUUGAUUAGUAACAAUCACUAUGAACCUCAAAGUGUAAGAGACAUGGCUGAAGAUGUGACACAGCGCUGGCAACAGCUUGUGACUUGUGCAGAGGAAAGGCAUAAACUUGUAACUGCCUCAUCCAAUUUUUACAAAACGGCAGAACAGGUAUGCUCAGUUCUUGACAGUCUAGAGCGUGAGUAUCGUCGUGACGAAGAUUGGUGUGGAAUGGAUAAACUUUUAGCUGACCAGUCAUCUACUGGAGGACCAGGUUUCACCCUUCCUCCAGCAGUUGCUGAUAGGAUAUCCCAGUUGAUAAACAAGCAUCAAGAACAGAAGGAGGCGUUCUUGAAGGCCUGUACUCUGGCUCGCCGAACAGCUGAAACAUUCUUAAAGUAUUCUCAACGUUCCUUGCAACUCUACAGUUUCCAAGGAGAAUCCACUCAACGAUCUGCCCAUGCUAGAGUGAAAACUAUUCUUGACAAACUUCUCAGUCAAGAAAACAAAGUUUUAGAUAAUUGGACACACAGGAAAAAACGCUUGGAUCAAUGUCAACAGUAUGUUCUUUUUGAGCGCUCUGCUCAGCAAGCACUAGACUGGAUUCAAGACACUGGUGAGCUGUACUUAUCUACUCAUACGUCUGUUGGGCGUACCCGAGAAGAGACUGAAAAAUUGCUCAGUGAACACAACGAAUUCAAAGGAACUGCCAAGGAAACAAGAGACAGAGUUAAAUUACUCAUUCAACUAGCAGAUAGCUUAGUAGAAAAAAGCCAUGCUCAUGCAGGGUCCAUAAAACAAUGGGUUGCUGCUGUAGACAAAACAUACAAAGACUUCAGUGUUCGUAUGGACAAGUACAGAUCACAGCUAGAAAGCUCUUUAGGAAUUAAAGAUACCAAACAGGAUCUGUCAAUAGAUCGCAAUUCAGACCCUCUUCUUGAGGCCAAAGUCAAAGAGGCAGCAGCAGCAAAGGAUCUCAAGGGUUUGAAUGAGGAGAAGAGACGCUCUGCAAGAAGAAAAGAAUUUAUUAUGGCGGAGCUCUUACAAACUGAGCGUACUUAUGUGAAAGACUUAGAAAUUUGUGCUAGGUUUUUCUUAGAUGAAAUGCGCAAUAGUGCAGUAGUCCCUCCAACAUUACGCGGUCGUGAAGACGUAAUUUUUGGUAAUAUAGAAGAGAUUUUAGCUUUUCAUAGAGACAUUUUCCUUCGGGAAUUAGAGAAAUAUGAAACAAUGCCUGAAGAUGUAGGGCAUUGUUUUGUGACAUGGGCUUCCAAAUUUGAUAUGUAUGUUAAAUAUUGUAAAAAUAAGCCUGAAUCUAAUAGUUUACUGGUCCAACAUGGUGGGGCCUUUUUUGAGGACCUACAGAAACGCCAUAGAGUAGAACACCCAAUAUCUGCUUACUUAAUAAAACCAGUUCAAAGAAUCACUAAAUACCAAUUGCUUCUCAAGGAUCUUCAGUCUUGUUGUCAGGAGGGUCAAGGAGAAAUCAAGGAUGGUUUGGAGGUAAUGCUCAAUGUACCAAAGAAAGCAAAUGAUGCAAUGCAUCUGUCCCUACUAGAAGGCUGUGAUAAAAACCUAGACAGUUUAGGAGAAGUUAUCCUACAAGAUACCUUCCAUGUAUGGGAUCCAAAACAAAUUAUUCGUAAAGGACGAGAGCGCCAUAUUUUCCUUUUUGAAUUGUACUUAUUAUUCAGUAAAGAAGUUAAGGAUUCUAAUGGGAAAGCUAAAUAUAUCUACAAAAACAAAUUGAUGACCUCUGAACUUGGAGUUACUGAACACAUUGAAGGCGAUGAGUGUAAACUUGCUGUGUGGACUGGCCGGGCUCCAAUAUCUGAUUAUCGAAUUGUGCUGAAGGCCUCUAAUCUAGAAACUAAACAAAUGUGGGUCAAGAAACUAAGGGAAGUUAUACAAGAAACUUACUUUAGUUCAGCUUUGCCACUUAGUCUUCCAAAAAGUCCAGCCAAAACAAAAGCCCCAAGCCAUCGGUCGAGCAGGGAUAUGGAAGAUUCAACUUCACUUGAUGAGAGCGUCGAAAAUUUGGAUCGCAACUCUCUGGCUUCCUUUGGCUCGGGCAACACCACGGACUCUGACAAGGCGCCCCCCUCGGCGGAGAUGACGUGGGUGAUCGCGGACUUCACGGCGGCGUCCUCCUCGGAGCUGACGGUGCACAAGGGCCAGCAGGUGGAGGUCCUGGACGCGCCGUCGGCCGAGCGCAGCGACUGGUGCCUGGUCCGCAUGGCGGCGGGCUCGGCCGGCGCGCCCGAUCCCGCCCAGGAAGGGCUCGUGCCGCUCUCGGUGCUCAAGCAGCCGCCGCAGGGCCUGAGGGCGUCGGCGGCGGCCUCGACCUCGCCGUCGCGCCGCCUCACCACCCUCCCGCAGGACGACUCAGAACCCGGUAGUAGUGAGGGUGCUGGCUCCAAUUCCGCAGGAGGAGGUUUAGCAACAAAUUCGCCCGUCAACAAACGCCGUGGUUUCAGUGGGAGGAAAUGGUUGCCCCCGCCUCUGAGAAAACUGAGCGGAGGCAAAGUUGAAAAGAGUGACAAAGAGAAAAUUACGUCGUCUUCUUCACCAUCAACAUCAUCUGACAAACCUGCUCUCAAGAAGACAGGUUCAGAAAAGAGGUUUAAGGUUCCACCUGCUGAUUUGUCACCACGUUCACCAGCACCUGCAGACCACAAUGGAGAUGAAGCAGAGGAAGAGGUGGAAGUGGAACUACCACCUCCCAUGAAACCUAUUUCAGAACCAAUUCUUGUUGGGGGAACAAACUCUGCAGAUGAUAGUCAGGGGAAAAGGUCAUCUAGCCUCUCUAUAAAGGCAUUGGAAGGAACAUCAGCUGAUCUAGCUGAAAUAGAAAAGUUCGUCAAAGAAAGAAUGGAAGAACAUACUGAAAGUAAUAGUAAUAGUAAACAAGAGAGUAAUAGUUUAUUGAACCGUGACUCAAAACUUUCGAAUGACAUGUCAGCUGCUGGGUCUGGUUGUGAAGGAGAAGGGGAAUCUGAUGUUGGAACAACCGAAGAACAUGCAGAUAGUGAAGGAACUGCAGGUGCAGAGAGUGGAAGUGGAGAGGAAGAUGCUAUGCAUAAAAGAAAAUAUGUGAUAAAAGAACUAAUUGAAACAGAAAGGGACUAUGUUAGAGAUUUACAAUUAGUGACAGAGGGCUACAUGACCCUAAUGCGUGACCCUGACUGUGAAAUUCCCAUGCCUGAUGAUCUUCAGGGUGGAAAAGACAAAAUGGUGUUUGGGAACUUGGAGGCUAUUUAUGAAUGGCAUAGAGAUUUUUUCCUUAAGGCAUUAGAGCGUUGUCAAGUUCAUCCUGAAGAAAUUGGACCUUUAUUUAAGCGUUAUGAACGCAAAUUACAUAUGUAUGUUGUUUAUUGCCAAAACAAACCUGUGUCAGAGUAUAUUGUUUCAGAGCAUGACACAUUCUUUGAGGAUCUGAGGCAAAAGUUAGGUCAUAAAUUAACCUUAUGUGACCUUCUCAUAAAGCCAGUUCAACGUAUUAUGAAGUACCAACUUCUUUUAAAAGAUAUCUAUAAAUACACUGAAAGAGCACAACUAACCAAUGAAUUAGAAUCACUUCGUCAAGCAUUGAGAGUGAUGCACAUUGUUCCGAAAUCAGCCAAUGACAUGAUGGACGUAGGCAGACUUCAAGGUUUUGAUGGUAAAAUUACAGCACAAGGAAAAUUAUUGAUGCAUGGUCCUUUAACUUGCUAUGAAGGUCUAUCAGCCUUGAUGAAUGUGAAAUCAAAAGAACUGCAGAUCUUCUUAUUUGAGCAAACAAUGAUUUUUAGUGAAGCUGUUGGUAAAAAAACACAAUUUACUAAUCCUGUCUACAUACACAAAGCACAUAUACAGGUGAACAAGAUGGAAAUGAAAGAAAAUACUGAUGAUGGUGACCCCUGCAAGUUUUUAGUGAAAUCUACCGACCCUAGGAAGCUAACCCUAGGAUAUGUAUGCCAAGCUACAUCCAAAGAAAGCCGGGAUGAAUGGGUUUCAACUAUCAAAAACAUUCUACAGACUCAGCGAGACUUCCUCAAAGCCAUCCAGUCACCCAUCGCGUACCAAAAAGAGCUCACCAAAGAGGUGCCGGAUUGGAGCUUCUUAACAUCAAGACUCAGUCAGAGCAUCAGUGACCCAGGAAAUAGUGAUCAGCUCUCUGAUGAUGAAUGCCCUGUUAUUGAGGAAAUGCAGAAUUUCUCUGUAGUUCAAGAUCGAGGUCAUGAAUGCAGUAGGGAUAUCAGUUCUGACAAGACAAGGACACCAAGUCCCUCCAAGAUGAAACUUCCUUUUUUUGAGGGAUUUCGUAAUACAUUUCGAGCAAGAGCUAGGAGUGAGGAUGUAGACUGCAGUAAUGGAGACUUAGUGCAAACCCUCAAUAUCAGUCGCAGAUGGUCAGAAACUCAGACUAAUCAUGUGGAUUCUGCUGGGUGUACAGCUGCUUGUGUAGUCUCUGACUGCCAAGCUGUAGAAGCAGGCCAACUUUCUUUACGGCGAGGUGAACGAGUUCGGAUUCUAAAGCACUCAAAAGCAAAUGGAUUUUUUGUGCAAAAGUUGAGAAAAUCCUCACAUACAGCAAGAAUACCCUCAUCAGAAGAAGGCUGGGUCCCUGCUCAUUGUAUUGCUAUUUCUACAAUGGCUAGCUCAUCAAAUGGCACUUCAAAAAAGCCAUGGUCCUUCAAAUUUAGAAAACCAAGCUUUAAUUCUGGAACUGCUGGAAUUCUAAGAAGAAAAGUUGAUCGUUUAUCUCUUGAUAACUCUGAGGCCUCAGAAUUUGAUGAUGCAAUGGGUAUCAAUAGUGGGGACAGAGACAGCCCUUCUAGUCCUCAACCAGAACUAGAAAUUUUGUGUAAGCUGGUUGACUUAACUGUGGUAGUGGGAGACUUUGCUGAACUGAAGUGCCAAAUACGUUUGCCUAGUCAUAUAGAUUUAAGAAAUGUGAACAUUACCUGGAGGAGAAGUUGUGCAAAAGAUAAUGGAUUCAGUAGUUGUUUAGUGAAAGGUGGACGGUAUUCAAUUAACUAUAGUGAUCGAGGAAUUGCUAGUCUAACCAUCGCUGAUUGUCUUACCAGUGAUUCUGGUUUAUAUUCUUGUACAGUCCAUGCAAAUAAUCAUCCCAACUCCUCAGUAACAACCUCGGCUCACCUUACUAUAAUUGCUCACAGCUUAGGGCGUCCAAGAGCUCAAGCCUUAUCACCCUGUAGUGCAUUAAUUGUUUGGGAUGGAGAACCUGCAGCUCGCUAUACUCUUCAUUACCAAAUGCUUGAUCCAGACUGUAAAACUCAACCUGAUGUGUGGGUCAAUACAACGGAAAACACACAUUCUGUGCUUGGUCUGUCACAUUGUGUUGAUGGUCUUGUGCCAGGGGGCACAUAUGUAUUUAGAGUAUCAAAUGGCUUACCUUCGUCUCCCCUUUCUCUACCUUUACCCCCUCGCGCAAAUGAUCAUAGCACAUCCAGAUGGCAACAGGAGCAAUUUGGAAGACGAUACUUGGAAAAAGAGGUUCUCGCACGAGGAAGAUACUCUGUUGUUAAGAAAGCCCAAGACCGUGGAACUGGCCAACUGGUUGCAGCCAAGCAGGUUUUUCGCAUGCGCCAGACGUCAGAAAUCACACAAUCAGAAUACUCCAUAUUGCUAAGACUACAACACCAAAGCAUUGUGAGAGCUUUUGCCCUUUUUGAAUCUUCCCCUCUUCCAGAAGUGGAUACCAUUAUAAUGGAAUUGGUUACUGGUCCUAUACUUCUUGUAUAUGUUUGUCAGCAAGAAAGCAUUGUAGAGAAAACAGUGAGUAUGUACAUGCAACAGUUGUUCUCUGCCUUGGAUUAUCUUCAUAACAAAAACAUUGUACAUUUUGAUAUCAGGCCAGAAAAUAUUUUGGUUGAUUUAACUAGCUCAAAUCCUCUCUUGAAAUUGGUGGAUCUUGGAGGUUGUGUCCAUCGUCAACAUUCUCAUGAAAUAGCUCCACCUGCAAGCUUAGAAUUUGCUGCUCCAGAGUGUGUGCUGGGUCAACCUGCUGGUCCUCCCUGUGAUCUUUGGGGAGCUGCUGUGUUUUUAUAUCUUUUUCUUAGUGGACUUUCACCAUUUCUUGAUGAGAGUGUGGAGGAAACAACAGCAAACGUGUUGAAGUGUGACUACUCUUUCCCUGAUGAGUUUUUCGGAAUGAUUUCAUCUGAUGCCAAGUUCUUAAUCAGUAAAAUUUUGCUAGGCCAGCCAAAUUGUAGACUCUCAGCACAUGAUGCACAUAACAGCUCUUGGUUUCAGAAGGACACUAAAUUAGACAGCAUAAUUCCCACAUCUCGUCUAUCACUAUAUGUGAAUAGACGACAGCCAACAUCUCAAAUUGUGUAGACAAAAGCAAAUGAAAUUUGAAAUUGACACAGGCCAAGUGCCAAAUUUAAAGUACUAAUAAUUUUCUUCCAUUGGCUGUGUAUCGGCAAAGUUUUUUUUAAAUUAUUUAACAAUACUUCACUGUAAUUUUUUGUGAUGUGACAAGCUAUUGUUUGGCUUACAAUUUAUUUUUCUGUUCUGACCUGCUUUUUGUUGUUUAGUAAUUUUGUAUAAUAAUGAGUGUUUUUUUUUAUUUAUUACUAUUUUUCCCCUUUUGUCUUAUCUCAUCUGUGAUCAGUGUGUGAUGUUAAAUCAUAGUUUAAGUAAAUUUGUAUUCUAGAAGUACCAAUAUGAUAUAUAUAUUAUGUACAGACCCUCUUCAUUUUAUACGUCGUUGAAUGUGACUGCAAUAGACUUGAGUAAACCUCUUGUGAAAUGUUACCUCUCAAUAAAAGAGAUUUUAUAACUGAUAAAAA